AUGCGAUGCGCUAGGAUUGCGCUUUGCGCGAGGGGCUUGGUUUCAUCAGUGUUUGCCCCCGUGCCGCAAGUGCACCUUGCCGGACUGCACAAGUUAUCGGGGAACGUAAACAAUCUAAAGCUUCGGGAAUUAUUAGAAGCUCUGGUCAAGGAUUCCAUACCGUCUAAUGACGACCGCAAUAAGCGACUCCGCGUCAUCAAUGAACUUCAGCAAUCACUUCAGAAAGCAAACCUCGGACCCACGAUAGACUUGCGCAUCUUGCCUUUUGGGAGUUUCGUGAAUUCACUCUAUGAGCGCAGCAGCGAUCUCGACGUGGCCAUCGUGGGUAACAUUGUGGCCACGGAUGAUCUGUCCCCGGAGGAUAAGCGCUUUCCCUUCGUAACAUUACAGUUGGCAAAGCUUCCCCGGGACUACACCGUAGAGCUCCUCCGCACGGCUGUAGCCAGGUUCGUGAAGGAUGGCCUGGUGGAGGAAAAGAGCCUUGUGCCCGUGCUGCACGCCCGGAUACCCAUCAUCAAGUUCGUGCACCCAGCCACGGGCAUCAGUGUGGAUGUGACCGUGGGCUCGGACGGGGACGCCUUCAAAACAUGGAGCAUGGGGCAGCUGAUGGCGCUGCACCCGGCUGCGGAUAAGUUAUUCCGCGUGGUCAAGGUUUGGGCCAGGGCGCAUUGCAUCAACGACCCCAGAUCCUUCACCUUCAACACCUGGUGCCUGACCCUCUUGCGCGUGGAAAACCUGAUGAGCAUGGUGUCCAAGAAUGUGGUUCCAGCCCGGGAGUCUUUUGGCUGCCGCAAAGCCAAGCCGCUGGAUCAAUUGUUCCUGCAGUUUCUGGACAGCAACAGCAAGCUGCUCAAGGCGGCGCUGUGCAACAAGGAGCCCCUCAAGAAGGGCACCGCCAUCAGUGUCUUUUACGGUGACUUCCACCGGGAUUCUCACUUCGCGGAACACAGACUUUUUGUGGAGGACCCUCUGAACAGCCUGGACAACACUGCCCGGACUCUGCGUGCGCCAAAAAACUCCGGCCGCACUCUCGAUUACGUGACCAAGACCUUUACGCAGAGCGCCAUGCGUCUACGUGCCCAUCUGAACGGGCCGACGACUGGCUCUGCGCGGCCCUCGUCAGAGCCACAAAGCAGCACCAAGAAGGGCUCCCCAGAGGCCGGGCGGGCCCAGACCGCUACGAAUGAGGCGGUGCCAAGCGGCUCGUCCCCAGCCGCGCCCUCCAAGGCGCCAGCAGCUGCAAGCACCCCACCCGGCGCCGGCACCUCCUCAUCCCCUGCCGCGUCCACGGAGGGAGGAGCUGCCGUUGCGGCUGCCGCGCCUGCAGCCGCUGGAGAGGCAGGCGCGGAAGCGGCUGCAGUUACACCAGGCUCUGCGCCCUCCUCGCCAUCGUCUGUGGUUGAUUCCUCCUUGGCGGCCACGGCCGCUUUCCUUUUUGGCACGGAACUGAUCACCCGCCUGCCGGAGCUGAGUGCGAAGGUGCUGGGCCGAGAGCUGUGUGACUGGGUCCGAGGCGAGCUGGCGGCGGGGCAACCGGUGGGGAAGGUGCAUGAGGAGCUUCUGAAGAAGCUGGGGGCAGCUGGGAAUUUUGAGCCAUUCGUGAGCUUCAAGAAGCGGCGCAAGAUCAGAGUGCUUGACGAGGAGGAGCAGUGGACAUCCGAGGAAAUUAAGCUCCUAAUUGACCCGGAAGCUGGGAGGAAGGUAUGGAUGCAAGGCGAAACGUCAGGGUUGACGGCCCAGCGGCGGGAACCCGAACACAAGCAGGAGCAGGAACACGGACGGAAGGGCCGUCUGGGUGCGCAGCUGCCGACCGGGCAGGUGGAGCAGCAACAACAGGAGCUGCACGGGGCCAAGGAGGUUUCGGAGCCUGAGCCUUGGCGGCGGGAAAAGCCGCAGGGCAAAGAGGCUGUCGUGGGAAAACGAGGCGGCAGGGCCGGUGUGGAGGCGCCAUCAGCGCAGGCGCAACCCGGUGUAGCUUUGGCUGUAUUGCCGCGGCGAGGUGUGGCGCCUAAGUCGGCCGCAAGCAGAGGCGACAGGCCAGAUAAAGGUGGUGCCGUGGCGAAGGGGCAACAGCUCGCAGCCCAGCUGGCCAACCUCAACCCGGAUGACCUUGUCAACACGCUCAAAACGGGCCGCUAUACAACGACCGCCACGGAGCCCCUUCCCGCACCGCCUGGCACAGCCCCCACGCGCAUCCGCCAUCCCCACCAUGCCGACACCGCCACGGGCGAGGUGACCCACAUCACACCAGAGCUGCUGCUGGCCACCUGCCGUGAGCUCCGCAAGCGCCUGCUGAUGGAUCGCAGCUUCCAUCCGACCCACAUCGUACAGCUGAUCGAGCUGCUGGCGGCCCACUGCGGUAAUCUGGAUGGGGAUGAGGCGGCCGCCGCGGCGAGGGACCUGCUGUCCCGGCACCGCGGCUGCUCUCAGGCUCUGUUGGCGGCUCAGCGGUCUCCGGAGCAGGCGGAGUUGGCGGGGAUGCUGCCGCGGUUGAUACCCGCCUUGGUGGCGCUUGAGUUCGAUGAUAAGGCGAGGAACGCGGCAGUGUGGGGGAGCAUAUUCCGCGUGAUGCACUCCUCCCUGGAGAGCUAUUCAGGGGAGCAGGUGGCCGCACUGGUGGGCGCACUCGUGGAACUGGACUCCGCUAUUACGUCGACCUCACUCGAAGGCAGUAGCAGCAGCGGCAACAGCAGUAGCACGGGUUUCGGGUCCCAGCAGCUGCAGCAGCCCUCCAUGAGCCGCCGGCUGGAGGAGCUGGCCUGCAGGGGCGGGGCGUCGGGGGACGCCCUGGCCGGGGUGCUGAUGUCGCUGGUGUCAAGCGGGCUCAAGCAGGUCAGCAUGGACCAGGCGGCCGUGCUGAUCAGACGUGCCCUGCAGGCGGAUGGCCUCACCCCGCAGGGCUGCUGCCACCUGCUGCGAGCUGCCGCCUGGAUGUGCAACCGAAUCUGGGGAAGCAGCACAGAGGUGAUGUCCCAGCUCUCCCGCUACGAGGCCAACCUCAUCCCCCUGCUGGCCAACAAGCUGGCGGACCACGCGGCGGCGGGGCGGCUGACACCACCGCAGUUCACGGACGCGGCGCAAUCGUUCGUCCAGCUGCGCUUCCUGCAGCCGAACUUCGUGGCGGAGCUAGCUGCCGCCACGAUCAGAGGCAUACGUACCGGCCAAGUCAAGCGACGGGACAUCAGCGUCGCGCUCUACACCUGCGCCUACUUCGGCUGCCGGGAGGUUGCCGCCGCCGACCUCUUCGCCGCCGCCGCCGCCUCCCUGGAGUCACGACUGACCCAGGACCGCAAGCCCGUGUCCCUGACGCGGCUGGCCUGGUCGUACGCCGUAGCGGGGGCGUGCGGCCUGCUACCGCAGCGCCGAGCGGAUAGGAAGCUGGUGAAUCGAUUUCUGCAGAAGUUAUUGGCUGCUUUGCAGUCCCGGUUUGGUGCGGGCGAUGGUGGUGGCAGUGCACCUGGGGAGGAGGUGGGGAUCUCGACGGAGGCAGCCGGACAGCUCAAAUUCGCGCUGCAGAUCUGGGGCGUGCUGGAGCCCUCCCUGGCCACGCCGGAGCUCCUCAAGGCCCUAGACAUGAACCGCCACCACCGCCACCACCACCAGCCGGAUCAGGAGCAGGGGCCUCAGCAGCCUCAGUCCCCGCCGGGGCGGCGGACGGCAAGUGCCGCUGCAGUGCUCGCCAAUGAGGUCACUCACAUCAGCGACUUGCAGAGGGACGUGUACCGCCAGCUGGUGGCACUGGGCUACCGGCCCAGGAUGGAGGAAAGGGUGGGUUUCUGGACGGUGGACAUACUGUUCCGGGUGGGGGCCCGUCCUGUAGCCGUGGAGGUGGACGGCCCCACGCACUUUACCACCUGCCACCACCGCCAACCGCUGGGCACCUCCCUCGCCCGGGACGAGUGUCUACGCCGCCUGGGGCUGGCAGUGGUGGCGCUGAGCUUCCGGGACUAUCGACAGUGCCUGAAACCGGCUACUAGCGGCGGCGGCGGCGGCCGCGGCUUGCCCCGGGAUGGCAGGGGCUCCGCCAUCCCAGAGUAUCUGCAAUUGCGUGUGGAGCAGGCGGUUGCCCUGCUAGAUUCGGGGGGUGGGGGUGGGGGGGGAGGUGGCGCUCUGGCGGCCGCACGCCCAAAUGCCACCAGGAAGGGUGCUAACAGCGCCGCCUAG